UGUCACGCCGUUGAAAACCUUGACAUCUCUUUACAAACCUCGACGUUGACCUCACGAACGCUAACACCUGCAAUUGAGGCGAUUCCAACAGUAUCUGACUCUCAAAUAUACGACGGGAAUCUGUUUGACGUCUCGGAUACCUCAAGUUGCUGGUUUCAGUCAUGUCAAGUCACCUCGACCUAGUCCCUCCUUUGGUGGAAAAAGGUCAUUUUGGAGAUCUACUCAGCUCAAACGAGACCAUAUCUGUGUCCAGUUCGUCAUACGACAGCUCACUGGCCAUUUUUAUGACCCCAAAUCACAUCACCAUGAAUCCCAAGAACACAACAACGACCUACGAUGAACCUAUAUAUUUCGCUAGCUAUGAUAUCGCGCCCUCCUCUGAAAGAAGACUAUUUAUCACUGACACCGCUAUCAUAUUCAACUUCCUACAAGAUAUGUUAAAAUCAUCAAAAGGCAAGGAGGCAUCUUGGUAUGUAUAUCUAUUCUCACCCCCUCUUCACCUCCUACUUGAGCCAUCUAUUCUUGUAGGCUUCAAAGUUCUGAUGCUACUGGUCUCAUUCGCCAGCGAGCAAUAGAAUACGUGAACUUCAUCAAGGAGUGUUGGAUUCAUACAUCGCAACCUAUGCCUCGUCCAGAUGGGCCGUUGCAAUUCACCAGCAACCACUAUCGAAUCCUCUACUCAUGUUUCUCGCUCUUUGUUCUCUUGUACAUUCCGGAGCCCGAAUACGAAAAGGCACCCGUUGGCGAAGAAUUAAUGGAAUGGUUGAAUAUACAUUUCAUCGAACCCUCGACAGAGGAGGGGGAUCAUCUCAGCUCACUCGAUUCCCCGUGGGAGGACGACUCGUUUUGGCCUUACUUGACCAGGGCUACGUUACGUGGCCUCACAAAGGCCUCAAUAUUCUUCUUUCAUACUCUCCUUAAACAUCCUUCUCGAGAGAUGCAGGAUUUGAUUCCCGUCGUGAUCCCACUGCUGGAGUCGCAGCCACGGUUGCAAAAUUUCAAAGCCGAAAGGGAUUUUGCAUAUGCCUCCCGCCGUUGGUUGGACAAAGUGAAGGCCCUUAGGGUGGAGAUGGAUCGUGUACCCGAAGAAUUGCGGUUUGAUGAUCAUGACAAUUGGUGGGAUUCUCUAAGUGACAUUGUUGGCAUCCUUGAGGGGCGAGGAGAGGUCAUUCAGCGAGUCUCCGAGGAGCUGGGAGCCGAUUGGAAGGAAGUUUGUUGUGCAUGGGGGGUUUUCGUUGACACAAGGUUUCGCAGAGAGGAUCUCCCGGAGAUCGUGAGCGAGGUAGUUGAACAGAUGCCUCCAGAUCCCACAAGCAUGGAAGACAUGAUUCACUCUGCCUUGUUCUCUGAUCAACCCGAGCAGGCGCUAAGACAUGCUGCACAGUUUGAUCCAUGGCUUGCCGCCCAUCUCGCAGAUCUCAUGGAAUCACUGGGUAUGCUUGAUACUUCUGUCAAUUCGGAGUCCGAACUAUCUAAGCGGGACGAGUAUGUAUUGUCGUAUACCGACUAUCUUCAUUCGGAUCCUACCCUAUGGAGAAUCAUAGUACCCUACAUGUACUCGUGCGGAGAGAUUGGUAGAGAGCGUGGAGAUGCUCUACUAUUACGGGUUCCAUUAUACCUGCACGUUAAAAAAACAUCAGACAGUUCAUCCCUCGCAGCUGAGGCGAUAGCGAACACAGUCAAGGAAGUUAGUGCGUUGUGCCUCGAGCACCAGAGAGAGCACGUUCGACGGGAGGCUUGUAAGGUCGCCGCUCAGUUACUAGCUCGCCAGAAGGACUAUGGGCUUGCAGUUACAUAUUACAUCUCUGCGGAGGAUUGGCCAGGACUAGGUCGGGUGAUUGACAGAGUUCUGGAGGAAUAUAUUCAAAAUGGCCCUGCUUCGUUUGCAAGUUACGCUGCAAAAUUCAUCCAUUCUCUCCAGGAGUUGCCUUCACGUAUCAACACGGAGGGUAUCUUUGCCCACCGGUUGACCUUCGCCGUUCGAUAUGCCCAAAUCCACAGACUUCGUGCAGAAGGGGAGUCCCCCGCUGCCAUUUUUGAGAUUAUUACUCUUCUACGAGAAGAAAUUGCCCCAAAAUCAUGGUGGGCGGUAUUGUUAUGUGACGCUGUGGAUUUACUUCAAGGAGGUUCAAACUCGUUAUUCUCUUCGAAUGACCUUGUUCUUCUCCUCCGCCGACUUGAGGAGAUUCAUAUUCGGACAUCGCAGGGUUGCGGGGACGACUACCUGAAUGUCCUACUCAGGACUAUUCACGGGAAGAGCGAGAAGGAUGCACUAGACCGCUUGAAACCCGUGCGAUUCGCUCUGGCAAAGUACUUCGCUCGUUGUACCGUUUCGGGUAGUCAUAACGGAGUUACGCUAUCCCAAUAGGUACUUACUGGUUACCUAUCCCGAUACUCGACUGACACUGGGAGAUUUUUCUGAAUACCAACAGACCUAGUUGAGCCACUAGUCCUCCAGACAUCACACCGCCGCUGUUAAGGUUCAGGUUUAGAUACUUCUGUUGCGGAAAUUUAUGAGCUGCUGGGCUCAGCGGGCCCAGUGAGUUCUGUCCUUGUCGCUUCGUUUACCAUUGUGGUAUAUGGGAUGUGGGCGCAUCACUAGAUUAACUAUGACGAUCUGCUACGCUUUCCGUUGUCUUCUGGAGCUCUAAUGGGCGGACAUACCGCUCUCAUUCAAUGAGUUCUUACAGAUCGUCCUCAUUCAUUAUUCCCGCAACGAUAGUUUGGUUUAUCUUGCGUCCUCGUCUUACAUAUAAGCAGGAUGGCUUUUACUAUUCGUAUUCAGAACAAUACAUAAAUGUGCCUCUUAAUCAACAUUAACUACGAAUUUUCCUGUGGACACCAGUGUCUCGUCAGCAGGGAGAAGGUUGACUGUAACACACCGU